CAUUUCUUUUUAUUUGUUGUUUUGUCUGUUCUAUUUUUUCAGCUGCUCUUUCAGUUAGCUCCUCCUCUUCCUAGGCGUCCUGGUUGUUGCAAUUGUAAAGGCCGAAUAUUAUAUUUCCUUGAAUGAGAAAUGGAGAAACAUGUUUUUAAGCAGGAAAUGGACUCACUAUUAAUAGCCAUCAUCAUCCUCACUAGCCCACAGCAUAUGUCCUCACUUAACAGAGAAAGAGAUAGCUAGGUCUUUCAAGGGAAAUGCUCUUAUCCAAGAUCCAACAAAGAUAACAUUAGCCCUCUACCUAUCUAGCAACAGAACUGACCACAUGGCAGCUGGGAAGAUUAUAUCACCCAGCAAGGCUCAACCAGGCCUGGGACUCAGGACAGCCUACAGAGUUGCCCUGCAUGGCCCCAUGGGAGUCUGACAACCAAUCAGAAUACAAGCUCAAAUUCAAAAGCUUAGAGAGGGUAUGAAACUCGGGCACUCUCAGGAUCUCUUCCCUUUUUUUUCUUCACCCAACAUCUUCAAGGCAUGUGAUCCUGUCCCCCAUUAAACCUUCUUUCCAAGCAACUUCCAUGAAUCCAGUGUCUUUUCCCCCACUUGGAACGGAACCCGAAGGAUAUUUCUUCCAACAGACACUACAGAUGAAGAGGAUACCAAUAAGAGCACUUCAGACAACUGAGAAUAACCAGCAACUUUGAAAAUGAAAGCAAAUUGAGCCUUCAGAAAAUCACUCAAUUCUUCUCUCUCCCCAGCUGGUGAGAGACAAAGGAGAGACAAUCAAGAAGCGAUUUCAAACUGGAAAAAAGUAAAGUAUGCAGAAUUGAACAAUAGAUUACAUGAAAAGGUCAAAAGAGAUUAUUUUUCCAUUCAGAAAUAGAGAGAAAUAUCUAGAGGUGCGUGAAGAGGAAAAAGACAAUUGGAUAUUUACAAAAGGUAGACAGUAAUGCAGAUCUCUAGACAGUAAUUCAGGCCUUGCCCUGUGAGGAGGAAAAGACAAAUCACAGAUUAUACAUAACAGGAUCCACACUGGAGGAAAGCAAAUGUGGGAAACAAUCUAGUAAAACCAAUUCCCUUGUGUUUCAUGAAAGGACUCACACAGGAGAGAAGCCCUAUAGCUGCUCCCAAUGAAGUAAAUGCUUUUGCAACCAUGGCAACCUGGUGAUACAUCAGAGGACUCACAGGAGGGAUAAACCCUUUGAAUGUGCUGGUUGUGGGAAAACUUUUCAAUCAGAAUUCCAACCUGCUGGUACACUAGAGGAUGCACACAGGAAAGAAAUCGUAUCACUGUCCUGAUUGUGGGAAAAGUUUCACUGCAAAUUCCCACUUGGUGAUACACCAGAGGACUCACACAGGAGAAAAACCCUUUGAAUGUCCUGAUUGUGGGAAAGGUUUCAGUCAGAAUUCAAGCCUGGUGAUUCAUCAGAGGACUCACACAGGAGAGAAACCCUUUGAAUGUUCUGAUUGUGGGAAACGUUUCAGUUGGAAUUCCAAUUUGCUUAAACACCAAAGGACUCACACAGGAGAGAAACCCUUUGGAUGUUCUGAUUGUGGCAAACAUUUCAGUUUGAAUUCCCAUUUGGUUAAACAUCAGAGGACUCACACAGGAGAGAAACCCUUUGAAUGUCCUGACUGUGGGAAAGGUUUCAGUCAGAAUUCAAGCCUGGUGAUUCAUCAGAGGACUCACACAGGAGAGAAACCCUUUGAAUGUUCUGAUUGUGGGAAACAUUUCAGUUGGAAUUCUAACUUGGUUAAACACCAGAGGACUCACACAGGAGAGAAACCCUUUGAAUGUCCUGAUUGUGGGAAAAGUUUCAGUCAGAAUUAUGACCUGAUGAACCAUCAGAGGACUCACACAGGAGAAAAACCCUUUGAAUGUUCUGAUUGUGGGAAAAGUUUCAGUUGGAACUCCAGCCUGGUGAUACACCAGAGGACUCACACAGAAGAGAAACCGUUUGAAUGUCCUGUUUGUGGGAAAUGUUUCAACCAAAAUUCCCACCUGUUGGAACACCAAAGGACUCACACAGGAGAGAAACCCUUUGAAUGUGGUGAUUGUGGCAAACAUUUCAGUUUGAAUUCCAAUUUGGUGAAACACCAGAGGACUCACACAGGGGAGAAACCCUUUGAAUGUCCUGAUUGCGGAAAAAGUUUCAGUUGGUUCUGCAGCCUGGUGAUACACCAGAGGACUCACACAGGAGAGAAACCCUUUGAAUGUCCUGUUUGUGGGAAAGGUUUCAAUCAGAAUUCCCACCUGUUGGAACACCAGAGGACUCACACAGGAGAGAAACGUUUUGAAUGUCCAGAUUGUGGGAAACGUUUCAGUCAGAAUUCAAGCCUAGUGAAACACCAGAGGACUCACACAGGAGAGAAACCCUUUGAAUGUCCUGAUUGUGGGAAACGUUUCAGUCAGAAUUCAAGCCUGGUGAUACACCAGAGGACUCACACAGGGGAGAAACCCUUUGAAUGUCCUGAUUGUGGAAAAAAUUUCAGUGAGAAUUCCAAUUUUGUUAAACAUCAGAGGACUCACACAGGAGAGAAACCCUUUGAAUGUCCUGAUUGUGGGAAAAGUUUCUGUCAUAAGUCCAACUUGGUGGUACACCAGAGGACUCACACAAGAGAAACGAUAUGAAUGUCCAGAUUGUAGAAAACUUUCGGUCAGAAUUCUUAUCUACUGAUACACCAGAGGAUUUAUCCAGGAGUGAAACCACAUGAGUGUCCAGAGUGUGGGAAAAGUUUCACUUACUAUUCUGACCUGGUGAAACACCAUAGGACUCACACAGGAAACAAACCGCACGAGCGUCCAGAUUGUGGGAAAAGUUUCAGUCGGAUUUCCAACCUGUUGAUACACAAGAGGACUCACACAUGAGAGAAACCCUUUGAAUGUCUGCAUUGUGUGCAAAGUCACCGUUUUAACCAUACAAAUGACCUAUAAGUAAUGUAGGUUUACAUACAGGAGUAAAAGUCAAGGAAAUCCACAUUAGGCAAAAGUUGAUUUGUUUAGAGAACACUUAAAUUUCAUUUUUGAUCUGUCAUUGGAAGUGUAGGUGAGAAAUUGACUGUUUAAGUUCUGCUCUGAUUCAUUUUACUGAAAGAUAUCUCAGAAGUAGACUGUGAUUGGAGAGAAAAAAUGGAAAAUAUUAAUUUGAUAAAGGUAUACUAUCUGGGAUUCUUUUUUUUCUUUUUUUGGUUAUGAAGCCUUUCCCUCUCCACAGAGUCCCCAAAGGCUUUUUUCCUCUCCCACUGUGGCACCGCAGACAUUAGGCCUGACUCCCAUCUCAUCAGGCCUCACAGCCUCCUCCUCCAUAACCUUUGAAGGUCUCUGAACCUCGAGUUGGUGAAGAAGCCCAAGACACGCAUCCCAGGGCUAUGUCCUGGAAGCAGCCGUUAUUUUCAGUGUGCCUAAGAUUCAACCCUGGGCCAUGUGAUGGACCUGUGGAAGUAGCUGCCAUUUUGUUACAUCUGCCUCAGGGCCAAAAUGGCGGCUGCUUCUGAGUCAUUGUCACGUGGGGAGAGGGAGAAACUGCUCAGUUUCCUUAACACUCUGGAAACUGCAUUAAGGGAUUGUGGGUGCACUGAAAAUGAUGGCUACCUCCAGGAGGUCUCCAAAAAGUAAGUGUUUGAUGGAUGAGGGGUGUGUAGAGAUAGGCACAAGGCCCAAUGAAAAAAGCAAUGUAGAAUUUCAGAUGAAAAGGCCUUGCAGAUGAAUCUGAUGGAGAAGAGCUGUAGGAAUAUUGAGUUGAGGAGAAAAGGGAUCCUGGGUUUGAUGAUAGGAUCUAAAAGUUUUAUUAGCAACUCCUGCUGUGAUCUCAUUUUCUUGGAGGUGCCUGCUUGUUCCUCUUUGAUGGCUGCUGGGUGAUAGCAGCACUCUGAGAUAUCUAUUGUAUCCACUUGGUGGUGGCGAUGUGA